CACGGGCAACCCAGGCCCCAGGACUAAAGUCUCGCCGCCGGCCUUGUGGGAGGCGAGAAUGGCGGCGUCCGGGCUGCGGCUGCGAGCGGAAAAGCUCUUUGAAAUGCUUGCGGUGCUGGGGCGACUGAGCCGCUGUCAGAGCACGUCCCAGGCCUUUGCUGAGGUGCUGCGGCUGCCGAAGCAGCGGCUGAGGAAGCUGCUGUACCCGCUGCAGGAAGUCGAGCGGUACCUCGCCCCCGAUUCGAGGAAAGACCUUCACCUGCGGAUCUUUAACCCGAGCCCGGAGGACAUCGCGAGGGCGGAGAGCGUCUUCACGGCCACUGAGCAUAACCGCAUCGACUACGUCAGCUCCGCCGUCCGUAUCGACCACGCCCCGGACCUCCUCCGGCCGGAGGUGUGUUUUAUAGGCAGAAGCAAUGUUGGAAAAUCCUCCCUAAUCAAGGCUUUAUUUUCACUGGCCCCUGACGUUGAAGUCAGAAUCUCCAAAACACCAGGACACACGAAGAAAAUGAAUUUUUUCAAAGUUGGAAAACAUUUUACAGUGGUGGACAUGCCAGGGUAUGGCUAUAGAGCACCUGAAGAUUUUGCUGACAUGGUAGAGACCUACCUAAAAGAACGAAGCAACUUGAAGAGAACAUUUUUAUUAGUGGAUAGUGUUGUUGGAAUUCAAAAAACAGACAAUAUUGCCAUUGAAAUGUGUGAAGAAUUUGCAUUACCUUAUGUGAUUGUAUUAACAAAAAUUGACAAAUCUUCCAAGGGACAUCUUUUAAAACAAGUGCUUGAGAUUCAGAAAUUUGUUAACACGAAAACUCAAGGAUGUUUUCCUCAGUUGUUUGCUGUAAGUGCUGUGACCUUUUCUGGAAUCCAUUUACUCAGAUGCUUUAUAGCAAAUAUAACAGGAAAUCUUGACUUGACUAAUUAAUGGCUCCCAGUUUAGCUGAAGAUUCAAAAAAAAAAGAAAAAGAAAAAGCUUUCUGCUAACUGGAGUUAAAUACCUAGAAGAAUUUCAACAUUAAUUUAAAUGUGCAUCUGUAACUUCCAGGAAGAUCAUUUCAGCUUUAAAAUCUGCAACUUUGAGAAGUCAAAACAAGAAUUAGUGCCUCGGGGAAAAAAAGGUUUAUAAGUAAUUGAAUUAUGGUGUCCAUUGGAACAGAUGCCCUAUUUUCACAAACUGACAAGAGCAUACAGAAGUCUAUAAAAUGAAAACCUGUUACAACUAUGUAGAGAAGGGUUUGCUGUUUUAUUGCGCUUUUGUCUUUUAAAGAAAAUGUCUACUAUGUGUAUUUUUUAAAAAACAUUAAAAUAGGCUAAAAGGAGGCUGCUUUUCUGUUAAGCAUCAGUAGGUAAGUUGAUGAAAUGUUCCUAUGUAA